GCGCGUACUGGAUACCGCGGACCCGCGGACCCCGCGGCGACCCGGGAGCGCUCGAGCUGGGCUGCUUUCCCCCAAACCAGCCUGGGGUGUGUCCGAGUGGUUCCCACCAGCCCUGCACAUUCAGUUUUGCUGUCUCUGUAAGCUUCCAGCCGGGAGAUGGGAAAGGAGCUAGCGAGCACAGUUGGGCAGAACUUGGCAGACAGGAACUGGAAAGAUGCUUUGCUGGGGAGCAGGGAAUUUGGCCUGCCUUAGUGGGAGUGUGGGUGGGUGAGGGCUGUGGUGAGCUCAUGGUGCAGUGGAUGCAGAAGUUGGCAUCUGCCAGACUGGGACAAUAAGGUUCCUUUAUAGGGAAUGGGCAGCGAUUCAGUAUAGGUUUUAGACUUACCCGUGAUGAGGUGGUAGCUGUUACCUGGGAAUGUUUAUGUGGCUCUGGAAUCUGAGAGAGAUUGGACUGGAGAGACUAGGGCUGGGGUAAGGUUGCUGUCAAACCCUGACAAGUACUUAAAAGGUUUAAAAAUACUUAAAUAUCCUUGGAUUGUUAUUUUAAUGUCUAGAAUGAAUACUCUUCCACUUGCUCCUUUUGUCUGUGUGGCUAACACUUAUCUCUUAUGAUUCUGCUAAAGUCAUCUCUGUGAAGCCUUUCUCAGACCCUUCUUCUGGUUCAGUCAUGUUCCCUUUCUCUUCCCAUACCCCAGGGCUCAUCUUCAUCCACACCCCUGUUGACAUAGGGCUGGGAACGGGGCUAUGGGAGGGGCAAGUGGUUUCUGGUUCCCUGGCCCUGACGGAAAAGGGCUUCAGAACAAGACCCCUGGUGAAGGCACGUCUUUGCAUCCUCUGCCCCCUAUACACACAUACACACACACACAUUCUCAGAGUCACUGGCCUUUACACAGUGCCCAGAGAGCCCUGCUUGAAACACCUUCUUCCAGGAGGCUGAGAAGCCAAACAAAGACGACUGCCAGACGGAAUUCCCGUGGAGCCAAGUCUGGAGGCAGAUUGGCCCAUGCUCAAGCCAGUGGGCACCUGGAGGAACAGACACCUCGGACUCUGCUGAAGAACAUCCUACUAACUGCCCCAGAAUCUUCCGUCCUGAAGCCAGAGUCAGUGGUGAAGCCAGUGCCAGCGCCGAAAGUGGUCCAGCCCCCCAGACGGGAAAGCAGUCGGGGCAGCCUGGAGCUGCAACUUCCUGAGCCUGAGCCCCUCACGACCCUGGCUCCGGCUUUGCUGGCCCCUGGCAGGAGGAAGCAGAGGCUGAGACUAUCAGUGUUUCAGCAGGGAGUGGACCAAGAGCUGCCUGUCUCCCAAGAGCCUCGUGGGAACGCUGAUGUCUCAUCCCUCGCCAGCUCCCUCAACCUGACCUUUGCCACACCUCUUCAGCCACAGUCAGUGCAGAGGCCUGGUUUGGCCCGCAGACCUGCCACUCGCCGAGCUGUCGAUGUGGGUGCCUUUUUGCAGGAUCUGCAUGAUACUUCCUUGGCUCCUCCAAACAUUGUGUUGGAGGACACCCAGCCCUUCUCCCAGCCCUUGGUUGGCCGCUCCCCCAGUGUGCGUCGCUCCCUGCCGCUCCCCUCUCACAAAGGGGCUGAAGACACUGAGAGGGCUGCCAGUCGCAGGACAUGGAGCAGUGGGUCUGCGCCACGGAACAACAGCCCUGGGAAGCCAGCUCAGUUUCUGGCAGGAAAGGCAGAGGAGGUCAAUGCCCUUGCUCUGGGCUUCCCGAACACCAGCAGUAGUAUCUCUGGACAUGGAGUAGAGCCCUUACAGGAUGGAGUUUGUGAGGAGGCAGAGAAAAGGAUAGAAGAAGAACAAAAAGGAUUGAGCAUGAGUGAAGUGAAAGAGGCGACAGGAACACAAGGACCUUUGGGGGCAGAAGAGCCUGAGGGAUACAUGGAAGUGACAGAAGCAGAAGGAUCCCUGGGGGCUGUUGAGGCUGAGGACCCAGAAGGAUCAUCAGGGGAUGAGGACACCUCUGGUAGGACAGCAAGCCCAGAGUUGGCCUUCAGCACCCCAGAGUUUCUCCAGCCCAAGCAACUUCAUCAGCUUCUUGAGCCAGCCCCCCAACCUGGCGCAGCAGUCUUAUCUUUGGAGCCUCCAGAGCCUCUGUCAGCCAGGCUUCUCCCUAGACCCCGAGCCACUGGCCCCAGGCCCCGCCAAGAUCCCUACAAGACCGGACUGAGCCACUAUGCUAAACUCUUUAGCUUCUAUGCUAAGAUGCCCAUGGAGAAGAAGGCUCUUGAGAUAGUGGAGAAAUGCCUAGAUAAGUAUUUCCGGCAUCUUUGCGACGACCUGGAGGCAUUUGCUGCCCAUGCUGGCCGCAGGACUGUAAAGCCAGAGGACCUGGAGCUGCUGAUGCGACGGCAGGGCCUGGUCACCGACCGAGUCUCGCUGCAUGUGCUUGUGGAACGGCACCUGCCCCUGGAGUACCGGCAGCUGCUCAUCCCCUGUGCAUUCAGUGGCAACUCUGUCUUCCCUGUCCAGUAGUGGCCAGGCCUCAACACUUGCCCUGUCCCCACCUGGAGCCCCUUGAUACCACUUACUCCUUCAGGUCUUUUCCCCAUCCCCCCAGCAUCAAUAAAGUGUCACAAACAGAA